AUGGAUCAAGAAAAUGAAAGAAACAUCUCAAGAUUAUGGAGAGCAUUUAAAACAGUAAAAGAAAUGGUCAAAGACAGAGGCUACUUCAUCACCCAAGAGGAAGUUGAACUGCCAUUAGAUGAUUUUAAAGUUAAGUAUUGUGAUUCCAUGGGUAGGCCACAGCGUAAAAUGAUGUCAUUCCAAGCGAAUCCAACUGAAGAAUCUGUUGCAAAGUUCCCAGAAAUGGGUUCCUUAUGGGUAGAAUUUUGUGACGAACCUUCUGUUGGUGUAAAGACAAUGAAGACCUUUGUUAUACAUAUUCAAGAAAAAAACUUCCAAACAGGUAUCUUCAUUUACCAAAAUAAUAUUACCCCAAGUGCAAUGAAAUUAGUACCUUCUAUACCACCUGCCACUAUAGAAACAUUUAAUGAAGCCGCCUUAGUGGUCAAUAUAACUCACCACGAGUUGGUUCCACAACAUAUCAGAUUAAGCACUGAUGAAAAAAGAGAACUAUUGAAAAGAUACAGAUUAAAGGAAUCUCAACUACCAAGAAUUCAAAGAGCUGAUCCUGUAGCCUUAUACUUAGGUUUGAAAAGAGGAGAAGUAGUAAAAAUUAUAAGAAAGAGUGAAACUUCUGGUCGUUAUGCCAGUUACAGAAUCUGUAUGUAA